AUGGAACCAGAGCCGUCCCUUACCACUCUCCUUGAGGCUAUCACAGCCCUCACUGCCACCAUUGGGUCCUUGCAGGACCAAAUCAAAUCACAAGGCAAGCAAAUUACACAGCUUGCUGCCAUAUGCAAGGAAACCAACGACCUUGUUGGUGACAAGGACCAGGGCGGAGCCCAAGCCAAGCCUGGCCCAUUGACUGGGCCUGUCACCCCUCCUACCCACUCAGGAGGGGAAACCCACACUCCAGGUACGGUUAGGCCUGGGCUCAAGGCCCCCUUCCGCCCUUCAAGAGGAACAGGUUUUGACUCUGAGGAAGAAGAAGAGCCAAGAAGAGCCCCCAAAAAGGAGCCUAUGGGAACGCCUAAACGCUCCCUCAGUUCCCUCACCCCCUUUGACUCUGGGUCCUCAGUAAAACAACCCAAAAUGGAAUUACCAGACCCUUACAAGGGGGAUACAAGGGGAAGAAAGGCCACUCAAUGGCUCAAUCAAAUGCUACUCUGGGUGGCACUCCACAGGGAUCUAUUCAAGGAGGAAGAGCAAAUGGUUGUAUGGAUACUUUACCAUAUGACAGAUAAAGCCGCUGAUUGGGCGUUACCCCUCAUUGGGACAAUCAUCAAGGGUGAAGGCAACCCCCCUACCACCAUCCCGGCUUUAACAGCCAAAUUUAAGGAAGCCUUUGCCAACCCUGAUGCCAAGCGGGCUGCUGCCAGGAAGAUAGCUACCCUGGUCCAAACCUCCACCACCUCCGAGUACGUCACGGAGUUCUGCAACCUCAUUGCGGAAUUAGACUGGAACAAGGAGGCCUAUAUUGCACAAUUCAUGCAAGGCCUCCACUGGAAAGUCAAGGAACUGUUGUCCACCAAGGAUAGCAUUCCUGACAAACUUGAAGCCAUCUUUGUGGCGGCAAUUAAGAUCAAUAACAUCCGCCGCAAAAAUGAGGAAAACCGGCCAAAGAAGGCCCCUGCCAAGUCCCCAGCUACCGUGGCCACCAACUCCACCACUUCCACCCAACAGGUCCACCUAUUGGAAGACCCCAACUAUGUCACACCGGAGGAAAGGGACCGCCGUCGCGCAUCAGGACUAUGCGUCAAGUGCGGCCAAAAGGGGCACGGUAUCAAACAAUGCCCCAAUGGCUGGAAAGCCACCAUCAAGGAGGAGGCCAAGGUAGCAGAGGAGGAUAGUUUUGAAUUUGUAUCUCUGGCUCUAGACUCAAAUAAAAAACCUCUAUUAUUCACUGAUCUACAUGUCCAAAAUUUCCCGGCAGAACCCCUCAAAACUCUCAUAGACUCCGGAGCCACAUUGAAUUUCAUUUCCCCCUUGAUUGUGGAAAAAUAUAAAAUACCAAAAACCCAACUCAAAAAUCCACAAGUUGUGAGAAUGUUAGAUGGUACUAUAUCCCAAACUGGUCGUAUUUGGCACCAGGUUCACCUCACAGUUUUGGCCAAUGGCCAUCCCCACUCCAUUCCCUUUCUUGUUUGCCCCAUAGGCAAUACCCCGGCAAUCCUUGGCAUGACUUGGUUAACCACAGAAGCUCCCCUUAUUGACUGGCAACAGGGACUAGUCACCUUCCCUGAACAAGCACAGAUUGCCUCUGAGGAAGAAGCAGACCUAGAUCCUUUGGCAGACCUCCCCCCUCAGUACCAUGAAUUUGCUAAAGUCUUUGGCAAGGAAGAGUUUAAGGUCCUCCCUCCACAUAGGGAGUACAAUAUAUCCAUAGACCUUGUCCCGGAUGCCAAACUAUCCCCAGGACCCUUAUAUGGCAUGACCAAUGCGGAAUCCAAGGCGCUCAAGCAGCACAUCAACAAAGAAUUAGCAACAGGCAAGAUCCGCCCCAGCACUUCUUCCACCGGCGCCCCAGUCAUGUUUGUUAAAAAGGCAGACGGAUCUCUUAGGCUGGUUGUGGAUUACCAAAAACUCAAUGACGUAACCCACAAAAACGUAUACCCACUCCCAAGACAGGACGACCUCAUGGCAAAGCUGAGACAUGCUAAAAUAUUCACAAAGCUCAAUCUAUGCUGGGGUUACAAUAACGUCAGGAUCAAAGAAGGAGACAAAUGGAAGACGGCUUUUAGAACAAAGUACAGGUUAUUUGAAUACCUGGUGAUGCCCUUUGGCCUUACCAAUGCCCCAGCCACCUUUCAACACUUCAUGAAUGACCUGUUUAGGGACCUCAUCAACGUCACUGUGGUUAUUUACUUGGACAACAUCCUGAUCUUCUCAGAGGACCCCAAGGACCAUCCAACCCAUGUCAGGGAAGUCCUAUCACGAUUGAUGAAGAAUCAGUUAUUCUGUAAACUUUCCAAGUGUCACUUCCAUGUCACCACGGUAGAUUACUUGGGUAUUGUCAUUUCCCCGGCAGGCUUUUCUAUGGAUCAGAAGAAGAUUGAGGCGGUCACAUCAUGGCCAACCCCCAAAACAGUCAAGCAGGUCCAAGCCUUCCUAGGAUUUGUCAACUACCUCCGCCAAUUCAUCCCCAAUUUCAGUUCAGUAGCAUGCCCUCUGCACAACCUUACCAGAAAGGAAACCCCCUGGUCAUGGGGCAACCUAGAGGAAGCAGCAUUUCAGGAAUUGAAGAUUCUUGUCACCAAGUUGCCAGUUCUCAUCCAUUCCAACCCAGGGCUCCCCUAUUACCUUGAGACAGACGCCUCAGGGGUUGCCAUGGGAGCCAUUCUUAGUCAGCAGGGCCCAGAUAACCAACUACACCCAAUUGCGUAUAUGUCCAAAUCGUUCUCAGGGGCAGAAGGAAACUACAACACUCACGACAAGGAACUCCUGGCCAUCAUCAAGGCACUGGAGGAAUGGCGUAUUUUCCUGGAAGCUACGGACAAGCCAAUUCAGGUAUUUACAGACCACCGCAACCUUGAGUACUGGAUGCAGGCAAGGACAUUCAAUCAACGGCAUGCUAGAUGGCGUGUAUUCCUGAGCAAUUUCAAUUUUGAAAUACAUUAUUGCCCAGGGAAGCAAUCAGGGAAGCUGGAUGCCUUGUCCAGACGAUUGGACUAUGUUGACAACCCCCAAGAACCAGAAGUCAUGCUACCGCCAGAGGUUUUUGCGAAUACAGCGGAAGAGGAAUUAGAAAUUGUCACGGAUAUUUGCGCCAAACUCAAGGAAGAUCCAUCACUGGAACCAAUUAUCAAGUUCUGUACUGAGGAUGCAGACAACGCGCCCCCUUCAAUUAGGAAGGCCUAUAGGGACUAUGAUUGGGAAGAAGAUUUGCUAUGGUACCGCGGGAAACUGGUGGUUCCGGACUCAGAACCCCUGAAAGAACGACUCUUGAGGGAAUUCCACAACUCCCCACUGGCAGGACAUCCAGGCCAACAAAGGACGCUUGAACUUAUCAGCAGGAGCUAUUGGUGGCCCGGAAUGAAAUCCUCUGCUAAAGAAUGGGUCAAAUGCUGUCCAGUUUGUCAAGCCAACCAACGCGCGCACGCCCCAACUAUCUCCCUGAAACCCUUAGAAGUCCCCCCUUAUCCUUUCCACACCAUAUCCUAUGACUUCAUCACAGGUUUCCCCAAAUCCCAGGGACACGACGCCAUACUGGUCAUAAUCAAUUCCUUUUCAAAAUUUGGUCAUUUCAUUCCCACCUCAAAAAAGGUCACAUUGAAGGGUCUAGCGGACUUAUUUGUCAACCACGUCUGGAAGUUACAUGGGCUACCCAUAAAAACCGUCUCUGAUAGAGGUACCACGUUCACCGGGAAGUUCCUCAGGGCACUAUACCAACAACUUGGAAUUAAGCCCGCCUUCUCAUUGGCCUAUCACCUGGAAUCAGAUGGUCAAACGGAAAGGGUCAACCAGUUCAUAGAGUUCUACCUCAGAUUGUAUGUGGCUGCAGAUCACUCAGAUUGGGCCACAUGGUUGCUGCUGGCUGAAUAUGCAUAUAACAACGCCAAGCAUUCUGCCACAGGGAAAACCCCUUUUGAACUGGUUUAUGGAAGAAACCCGGUAAUGAACCCAUCCAACGUCCCAGCAAAUGUCCCAGAAGCAGACCUUGUAGCAGACACCCUUGCACAGGAAUGGAAGGAAGCAGAAUCCGCUUUAAGGAUGACAAAGGAAAGAAUGGCAGGAGUAAAAGGCACGACCCCAGAAUACACUGUUGGGGAAAAAGUAUGGCUAGAUGCAAAGAAUGUGGAGAUUCAAUCCAACUCCAACAAAUUAGACCCCAAGCGCCUAGGACCUUUUGAAGUCACCAAGAAGAUCUCAAGCCACGCAUACCGCCUAAAGCUCCCUGAAUCACUGAAAAUCCAUGAUGUUUUUUACGUAGGACUGCUUUCCAAAAGCCACAAAUCACCAAACCAGCCAUUCCCAGAACGCCCCCCUCCUGAAACAAUAAGAGGAGAGGAAGAAUACAAGGUGGAACAGAUCAUAGAUUCCAAGAGGCAACAAGGAAAGUGGUUCUACCUAAUCAAAUGGAAAGGAUACGGGCCAGAAGACAACUCUUGGGAACCAGAGGUACUACUGGAACACAGUCAGGAGGAAAUCCGUUGCUUCAACAAGUCACGACUGAAAAAGGCUUGUGACUCCGCCAAGAGCCUUUAA